GAGCUGGCAGUAUUCAGUCUACCACCGACCGUAACAGAGCACUCACAUUUCUUUCUUCGCUGAUUCGUCGACAAGAAUCGGCAAGCCACCGUCAGUGCUGCAAGAUUCCAUGGUGUACCCCGACGGGGUGAACGAUCAUGAUGUUCUCGAUCGCUCCUCUUGGCUUUCUUUUCCUCUCAGGAUUCUGUUUCGGUCAAGAGUUCGGUUAUGAAGGAAGGAACGGUCCGUCGAAUUGGGGCGAGGAUUUUCACGCGUGCAUUGGAAAGCACCAGUCGCCGAUUAAUAUAGAAGAGCACAAUGUCAAGAACGUCAGUCUACCGCCAUUGAAAUUGAACGGCAUCGACAAUCUGUACCUGUUCAUGACGAACAAUGGUCACACGGUUAUGUUGAAAACCAAUGACUCCAGAGCGGCUAUACUGUCCGGAGGACCUUUGGGGGAUAAUAUUUACGUGUUUGAGCAAUUGCAUUUUCAUUGGGGCGAGAAUGAUCACGAGGGAUCCGAAGAUUUAAUUAACAAUCACUCGUUCUCGAUGGAAAUGCACGCUGUAUUUUACAAAGAAGAUUACAAGUCGAUGGAGGAAGCUCUUAAUCACGAUGACGGAUUGACUGUUUUAGCAUAUUUUUACGAAGUAGGUUCUCAACAAAAUGUAGCAUACGAGCCCAUCGUAGCAGCAUUACCUGACGUAGUGGCAGUGGGUAGUAAGGAAAAAAUAUUGCAACAGCCCUUAUUGUUAGGGAAAUUGCUUAUACCAAACAUCGCGACCAUGCAGGAUUAUUUCACGUACAACGGCUCGUUAACCACUCCACCUUGUCUCGAGAUUGUUACGUGGAUUGACUUCAAGGAUCAUCAACGCUUGUCGCACGAUCAGUUGGCUGCUUUUCGCGAUGUACAAAAUCCGGAGGGCAACAAAUUGACCCACAACUUUCGACCAGUACAGCCAUUAGAGGAUCGAGUAGUUUUUCAAAAUAUUCCAAAAGAGCAAAGCAUACCAAAGACUCCUGACUACCAUCGUUUUGAUGGGAGUUCUGGACAGCACAAUCUCAAGGUGCCGUUUACAAUCGUCGCAUUAGGAAUUUUAUUUGCAGUCUUUUUGCUUGCCAUAUAAGCACGCUGAACAUAAUAUAUUCUAGUCAAUGACAUUUCUCAAUUGCUAUGUUAACUUUUAAACAGAGAAUAACAGAGAUUAAUAAAUACGAUUAAAUUAAAAAAAUCAAUUUUAUUUUACGAUUUUAUUUUACAAUUUUAU